CACUCAUGCUGCAGUCUUGAGCCCUCCCGCGUCCUGCUCUCGGCUCCCUCUUGUCGUCGCGGGUGCCUGAGCGGCUGACCAUGCCACUGAAACAUUAUCUACUUUUGCUGGUGGGCUGCCAUGCCUGGGGUGCAGCCUUGGCCUACUAUGGCUGCCCGAGUGAAUGCACCUGCUCUCGGGCCUCCCAGGUGGAGUGCACCGGGGCGCGUAUCAUGGUAGUGCCCAGCCCUCUGCCCUGGAACGCCAUGAGCCUGCAGAUCCUCAACACACACAUCACUGAACUUGACGAGUCCCCGUUCCUCAACAUCUCGGCCCUCAUUGCCCUGAGAAUUGAGAAGAAUGAGCUAUCACACAUCAGGCCCGGGGCCUUCCGCCACCUGGGCUCGCUACGCUAUCUCAGCCUUGCCAACAACAAGCUUCAGGUUCUGCCUGUCGGCCUCUUCCAGGGCCUGGACAACCUGGAGUCGCUCCUCCUGUCCAGCAACCAGCUGAUGCAGAUCCAGCCAGCCCACUUUGCCCCAUGCAGCAACCUCAAGGAGCUGCAGUUGCAUGGGAACCACCUGGAAUACAUCCCUGAUGGCGUCUUUGACCACUUAGGGGGCCUCACCAAGCUCAAUCUGGGCAAGAACAGCCUCACCCACCUCUCACCCAGGGUCUUCCAGAACCUGAACAACCUCCAGGUCCUCCGGCUGUUCGAGAACAGGCUCUCAGACAUCCCCAUGGGCGCUUUUGACGGGCUUGGCAACCUCCAGGAACUGGCCCUGCAGCAGAACCAGAUCAGCGUGCUCUCCCCUGGCCUCUUCCACAACAACCACCACCUCCAGAGGCUCUAUCUGUCCAACAACCACAUCUCCCAGCUGCCCCCUGGCAUCUUCAUGCAGCUGCCGCAGCUCAGCCGUCUCACGCUGUUUGGGAACUCCCUGAAGGAGCUCUCUCCAGGAAUCUUUGGGCCCAUGCCUGACCUGCGCGAGCUUUGGCUCUAUGACAACCACAUCACUUCUUUGCCGGACAAUGUCUUCAGCAACCUCCACCAGCUGCAGGUCCUGAUCCUCAGCCGCAACAAGAUCAGCUCCAUCUCUCCCGGCGCCUUCAACGGGCUGACGGAGCUUCGAGAGCUGUCCCUGCACACCAAUGCGCUGGAGGGGCUGGACGGGAGCGUCUUCCGUGGGCUGGCCAACCUGCAGAACAUCUCCCUGCAGAACAACCGCAUCCGACAGCUCCCGGGGAAUAUCUUCGCCAACGUCAACAGCCUCAUGACCAUCCAGCUGCAGAACAACCAGCUGGAGAACCUGCCCCUGGGCAUCUUUGAUCACUUGGGGCACCUGUGUGAGCUGCGGCUCUACGAUAACCCCUGGAGGUGUGACGGGGGCAUCCUUCCGCUCCGCAACUGGCUGCUGCUCAACCAGCCCAGGUUGGGGACAGACACCCUCCCCGUGUGCUUUAGCCCAGCCAGCGUCCAAGGCCAGUCCCUCAUUCUCAUCAACAUCAAUGUUGCCGUCCCCGAGGUACCCAGCUACCCAGACACACCCAGCUACUUCGACACCACAUCCAUCUCUUCUACCACUGAAUUAAUUGGCCCCGUGGAAGACUACACCGAUCUGACCACCAUCCAAGUCACCGAUGACCGAAGCACAUGGGGUAUGACCCAGGCCCAGAGUGGGCUGGCCAUUGCCGCCAUUGUCAUCGGCAUCGUGGCCCUGGGCUGCUCCCUGGCUGCCUGCAUUGGCUGUUGCUGCUGCAAGAGGAGGAGCCAGGCGGUCCUGAUGCAGAUGAAGGCUCCCAAUGAGUGUUAGAGAGAGGCGGGCUGGAGCUGGGCGGGGGAGGGGAGGGCAGGAGGGUCUGGCGAGUCCAUCUUUCUGUCUCCACCCUGGGUCCACAGAGC